AUGCCUCGUCCUGCGCUGCCGCCGACGCCCGGGUCCUCGUCUGAUAUCAGGGGCAAGGAUGGCAUGCAGCAGCUUUCGUCUCUGCAACUCGCCUUUGAGCUGCCUCCGCCGGCCAUCCACGAUGCAGCAGCAGAUGCAUCUCGCAUCUCGCCCGUCGACUCCAAGCAGCAGCAGCAGCAGCUCUCGCCCCUCUCCACGCCGUCGCUAGGCCUGGACAACGUUGCCACGUCGCCAAAGACAGUAGUCUAUCCCAUGCAGGCGGCCGAGACGGUCAAGUCCCGAAGACGCUCGUCCGCCGCCACCACCAAGGAGCCCAAGGAAAACACCUUUGCCCUGCCGCCGCCGCCCACGCGCUCCAGGAAGAUCAUCCAGAUGAAGCCGCGAACCCAGGACACGGCCGCGGCCUCGGCUUCCACCAAGGAAUCGUCUGCCCGGGCCGCCGGGAAGGCUGCCGCCGCCAAGACCGCCGCUCCGGGGCCCGACGCCGGGGCCGGGGCCGGAGGUGCUUCGGCCAAGGGCGAGUCAACAACAAAGAAGAAGCAGCCCAGCGCAACGAGCGCUGCUGGCAGGAAAAUCGCUCGCAAGACUGCCCACAGCUUGAUUGAGCGGAGGAGACGGAGCAAGAUGAACGAGGAGUUUGCGCUGCUCAAGAGCAUGAUCCCCGCGUGCACGGGCGAGAUGCACAAGCUGGCCAUUCUACAGGCUUCCAUUGAAUAUGUCCGCUAUCUGGAAGACUGCGUCGCCAAGCUCAAGGCCCAGCAAGAGCAAUCCCAGAGCAGCAGACCCGAGGCCUCACACAGCCCCUUACCACCCAUCCGCGAAUUCCACCCAACCUUCCACGAGGACCCGGCAGACGUCGAAAUGACCGACUCCGAGGCGGCCACUUCCCCCGUCUUCGCGCCCCAGCGGCCGUCCGUCUCGCCGGCGCUGCACGCCCAGGACUCGCGCCACCGCCAGCACUCGUACUCGUCCGUGUCGACGGACCAGCGGCACUACAGCUACAGCGCCUCCACGACGACGUCGCCUGCCUUUGGGCCGCAGAUGUUUGCUAACAACGGCGGCGGUACCGGCUACACGCACAGCAGCACUUCGGCGUCUGGAUCGACGCUGACGAGUCCUGCGUUGUUGCCGCAGACGGAUCUUGAUCAUGAGGCUACGGCGGCGUUGCUGAUGCUUAAUAGCGAUAGGAGGGGGACGGCGGCGAAUAAUAACCGCGCCCUGUCUGUUCGUGAUUUGCUGAGCUCAUGA